UAUCAAUGAUUUAAUUUUAUUCGACUUUUGUUUAGAUUGAACGUAAAGUGAUUACAACGGAACUGGAAAAAGUAUUCGGAUCCUUUUCCUAUUGAAAACCGGGUAUGAAUCGGAUUUAACUCGGAUAUAAAUCGGUCUCUAUUGUUGUCUGCUGAUAGUUGUUAAUGUUGACUGAUGGUGAUUUUUAGUUGUGUUACGAAUUGGUUUGAGUAAAGCUUGGUCACAAUGGGUUUGACCAAUUCUCCACCGUUGGAUGAAAUGUUCCCCAAAAUUAUCAAUUCACUUGAAAACGAAAAAGAUUGGGAACAGUUAAGUGGUGUACUCAACAAAUUGCCAUAUUUCCUCACAACUGAAGCCUUAAUUCACAAUUCAAGUUCAGAACAUAUUAACAAAUUAACCCAAACUCUUUGUUCCAUGGUUGAAAAACAUGUUACUUUUGAGCGACUUUCCAACACCCCUGAACGGAUGAAUAAUGCUCUAUUCCAAAGUUUCAUAUACCCAAUACUUUCAAAUCUUGUUGCAUAUCACAAGCUAAUUGAACCAGCUUCACAGAGUUUACUGGUUAGAACUCUUUAUUUAGGAUUACCUAAUCGUCAAGCUACUUGCCAGUGUAUUAAUGCGCUGUCUUUGUGUGUUGUCGAAAUGCAAGAUACUAUGAUCAAACAUCUACCACAAGUCCUCCUUAGCCUCUCUAAGAUUUCGUCUACAGUAGCAAUUGCAAUACCUUUUCUUGAGUUUCUUUCUUAUGUAACUCUCCACUCUCGCCUUUACAAGGAUUUUGUAUCUGACCAGUACUUGAACAUCUUUGCUGUUGUCCUUCCUUUCACCAACCCAUCAAAGUUUUCAGACUAUAUUGUAGCGAUGGCCUUUAGAGUUAUGUCUAUGUGGUUCUUGAAGUGUCGUUUAUCAUAUCGUAAAGUUAUCAUUAAAUACAUAAUAAAAGGACUGCAAGUGAACGUUAUAUCAUCUAUUGCGGAAACUGCAGAAAUUCGUAAAAGAAGUGGAAGUUUCAAUUCAGAUGUUGCAGUGAAAAGCAAUGAGUCUCAAUCCAAUACGAAUGCACAGAAUGUGAGCUCUUCUACCUCUUCUCUGUUGCAUUCCAAUGAAAAAUUUCACACGGAAUUGGUGGAAUCUCAUAUGGAUCUCUUGUCUCGAUACACCCAAGGAUUGUGUUCAACAUUGCCAGAGCCGAUUGGUUCGGAUAUGCUUCUCGAUAGAUCUAUUAGUUCAACUUGGCUUAUGGGUCAAAGGCUGAUCACUAUCACCACGAGUGGUUGUCGAGCUAGAACAUUCGUUGAUGGUUAUUGUGAACGAUGUUUUAGAUUUUGUAAACUAGGAACGGGCUCUGAUUUUUCUAAUGACGAAGUAUUCAACCCUAUCAGAAAUUCUUCGACGUUAAAUGAGCCGAGAAGUUUUAAUCAAACUCUUGAUUACAGUGGAGUAUUGACAACUAAUUCAACAAUAAAUCACUCCAGUGAAAAUGAGAGGAACAUAAAUACUUCAAGAAGGAGACAUCAAUCUGCGAUCACUCCUAAUUUAACCAGUACCAGUAAACCAACUGCCCGUGCAUUGGACGAUUCUCACCUUAACUCUAACAGUUCAUAUGCUGUAAAUGAUGAUUACGAAGAAUCAAGUACCUGCUCGUGUUGGUGUGAAGGUUGGGCUGAAGUUUUGAUCCGAAGACCAAGUGGAACAACUUGUUGGAAAAUGAAGAUCCAAAAUAGACUAAAUAUACCUUGUUAUCCUUGCAGCCCAUUUGACAGUUUAACAAAUGAUUUAACACCUAUAUAUCCUUCAAAACCAGUUAAAAUUGAUUUCAAUGAUGCUGAGAUUGAUUCAAGUGUAGUGCGUGGUGAAGACGCUCUGGCUUCUGAUACACCAGAAUCAUCUCCGCCCGUUUUUAGGCGAGCAAGUUCCAGCCCUGACAUGGAGAGAGGAGAAGUGAUUGGUCAAAACUCGAAAAAUACUUCAGCCUCAGGAUCACCUGCAGCAGCGAAAGAAGUGAUAUCGGAUAACGGUGAUCUUAAUAUUCUGUGUGAGGAAGAAAGUGAUGAAAAUAACAUGGCUAAAUUGUCUCGUGCAUCGUCCCUUGGAAAAGCGGAUUCUAAAACCUCACCCUUUUCCCGUGCAUCUUCAUUUAGUUGGAAAUCACCUUCAAGAUUUAGCACAAAAAAAGCCUCAGAAGCCUCAACUCUCAGUCCAGGUCCUGACUCAGCUGGUAAAGAAGUUUUUUUCAAUUCAGAUAUUAAAUCAGAUUUGGAUCCUGAGACUUUGAUUGAAGGCAAAAAUUACUCUAGCCAAACAAUUAUUUCUCCAUUAAAAGCCACCAUAAGUUCAAAUUUGCCUUCAAAUCCCCGGACUCCCCCUAAAACUCCAGCUAAAUUAGAGGAUAUCAAUGAAUCUAAGACGGAAAACUUUAGUCAUGUGCCAAGGGGUAGACUGGCUACUAUUUCGGUGAUGAGUCCAGCUUUAGUCCGUUCAAAUGCAACUACCUCAGUAAAACGAAGCUCCUCAAAUCAACGUAUUACUGAAGUUUCUAAUCCUCGAAAUGACGGGAUUAAGCCAAGUUUUAUUUUCUUGCAAUUCUUUUAUAAUUCUUCAAUAAGUGAUGAAAACAGUAAAGGUGAGAAGCCUUUGAUGCUUCCAAAAAGUGACAUCAUUCGAAAUGCUCUUAACAAUUUGGAUCGUAUUUUACCUCAUGAGAUACACAAAAUAGGAGUUAUUUAUAUUGGAACGGACCAGCACAAAGACUUGAAUAAAAUACUUUCCAAUCGUUUUGGAUCUUUCCGUUAUAUCAAAUUUAUCCGUGGUUUAGGUAACAUAAUUAAACUCCAAGACAUUGACACUUCCAAAUGUUAUAUUGGUGGAUUGGCACAAGGUGGACAAGACGGAACCUUCGCAAUCAAUUGGCAAGACAAUUUAACUCAAGUAGUUUUCCACGUUUCCACCUUCAUGCCCAAUAAAGAGAAUGAUCCUGAACGGGCUUCUAAAAUCGCUCAUAUUGGAAAUGAUUGUAUCUGCAUCAUUUACAAUAACAGCGGCCAAGAUUUGGCUGUUAACGAUGUUAGGAUAAGUAAAUUUGUGGUUGCAGCUAUUGUAAUACGACCAUUAGAAUAUGAGAGUAAUCUGGUGAUGAUUCAAUUAUUUGAUGAAGGCUUAAAAGAUAUAAUUGGUCCUCGAGAAUCAGUCGUACUAUCUGACACCGCUCUGCCCAAUUAUAUUCGCCAGCUUAGUAUGAAUCUUAACAUCGCAUCUUUGAUUUAUCAUAGCAAAAGAUCCAUAAGCACUGGUUCUCUUUACGCAUCUAAUUGUGUUGAAAGGCUUCGACAAAUUGAAAGGAUUAAACAAAAGACGUUAGAGCAUAUUAGAAGUGCUGAACUUCAGAGCCAGAAACAAUUUUCUUCAUUCUCACCAAAUAGCAGGUCAACAAUAUCAAAUUCGGAUCUUGAAGACAUCUAUUCGAAUCCACCCGAUUGUGAUAAAUUUCCAGACGAUUUCACCACUUAUAUCUAGUAUUGAAAGGAAAAGGAUGAAAUAAAUCAACAAAGAAAAAAAGGAAAAAAAGCUGAUGACCAACAGAAUUUUGUUGAAAAAAAACGAUAAGAGAAACGAAAAUGAGAAAAUUAAUGUUUGAUAAAAUAUUGGACAAAAUGCUCUCAUCGUGAAAAUGAAUUUAUAAAUCUACAAACACAAAAUUACUUUAGAUAAAUCAGUUUUGAUUAAUUUAUUAAUGCUGAUGAAAAAAAGUAGAACUGAAUUUAAUACAAUAUAUAAAACAAACGAUAUUAAACCCAA